AUGGCUGGUAGGGCAUGUCUAAUAAAAUCAGUAUUAUCUGCAUUGCCAUUAUACUAUCUAUCCUUCUUCAAACUGCCAAAAAGUGUGUGCAAUGAACUCAUUAAAAUACAGAGAAACUUCCUUUGGGGAUGGGGAUCAGUAGAUAGGAAAAUAGCAUGGGUUAGAUGGGAAAAUAUUUGCAAACUAAAGAAGGAUGGAGGUUUGGGAAUAAGAGAUAUAGGGAACUUCAAUAUAGCACUUUUAGCAAAGUGGAAAUGGAGACUAGGAAUAGAGGGGCAUGGCCUUUGGAAAGAGGUACUUGAAUCAAAAUACGGGUCAUGGAGGAAUCUUAAUGAAACUAAUAUAUCAAGAUAUGCGUCUAGGUGGUGGAAAGAUAUCCAUAAAGUUUGCGGUAAUUCUGAGCAUGGGGCGUGGUUCGAAAAGUGCAUUGGGUGGUCAGUAGGAGAAGGGGAAAAGGUAAAGUUAUGGGAAGAUACAUGGGUAGGGGAUGAAUCUCUUAGUACUAGGUUCCCUAGGUUAUGUUUGGCUCCUGGUUGGGUUCAUGGUAUUGGUGACCUUUGA